UCCGCCCCUCUCCUGUUGUAUUUUAACUGGCUGCCCCCCCCUUCAGUACCACGCGCAUGCGCACGCAUGAGGUCCGCCCCUUCUUUCUGCAAAGCCAUGUGGCUGUCGUUGGUAAAUAAAGAUCACAGCUAAUUUUGGAUUGCCGUUGCAUUGUCUUUUUUUUUUUUUUUUUUUGCACAAACUUCUGCGCAGUCGGAGCGUCCCAAAAUGUCCGUGGACGUCGUGAAUCUCCAAGCGCAGGUGGAGUCGGUGCUGGGGGCGCUGGUUAAAGCGGCCACGGUGGAGUUAACCAAACUGUUCGAGAGCAGAUACCGAGCCUCGGCUGUGGAUGUGGGCCGCACCGAGCACAAAACGGAAAAUGUCAUAUUGGAGACACUGGAUAGUCUGUCGAUUGCGGACACAAAACGCAGCAUCGGCGUGCAAGUGGACGAGGGUGUUGAUCCGCUGUUGGAGCUUUCUGGUCCCCCUUUCCUCUCAGAGGGUGAAUGCCUGAGGGAGUGCAAGGAGGAGGUGGCGGUGGUGGAGGGGCAGCUCAUUCCACCAGAAAUCCUCCUGGCUGGAGAUAAUGGGCAUGUUGACCCUGAAUGGUCGCCUCUCAAGGAACAGGUUUUGGAAGAGACUGUGGAUAUGGUGGAGUUGAGCGUCCUUGAAACAGAGUCUCCAGCGAAUAGUGAGGCCCAAACAGAAGUUGUUUUGCAUGUCUGUGCAGAGACAUUGAGCCAUGGAUCUACGCAGAGCUCUCCAACUCAACAAAAGCCUCUCGUGGUCCAGCCCGACACAAGUGACAUCACCUCUGAGAAGAAGGUGAAGUUUGUUUGCCCGUUGAUCCUUAAGCCGGAGUCACCAGCUCCCAAACAUGACACUUUAAAGAAGCCUGUUGAAGCUGAGCCUCAGCAAGCCUGUGUCAGCACCGCUAAAGGCACCGCCUACAGUCCGUCCCCGUCUGAUGGAGCCGUCACUCCUGUGCAGGUUGGGGUUUGGGAACGGAUCCACAUGCCAAAGGAGGCGAAGAACAAUCUCCACAUGAAACUGAAACUGACCUCGCUAGAUCAAAAGCUGUUGCGUCCCUGUGUAGUACAACUGGUCAACGUACUCAGAGUGCCUGAUUCAGGGAUUCAUCUUCAGGAUGAUGCUGCUAACCGCAAAACCGGUUGGCGUCUGCCAAAAGACCUCCGUCACCACCAAGGUCUUCACACGGGCCAUCGCCUCUGUUGUUACACUCCAUGUGGAAACGGUGUUUGGCGUCUCCAAAAGGUCGCCACCCACACCUACGAUGGAUACGCUUGCAGCAUCUGUGGAAAAACGUUCAAACGCAGAAAGAUUCUCCGACGGCACGAGCGCUUCCACACCGGAGAAAAACCAUACUCAUGUUCAGUGUGCUCGAAGACGUUUGCGCUGAGGAAGAGCCUCCGUCGACACUUGAGAUUCCACACGGGGGAGAGGCCGCACAACUGCGCGCAGUGCGGCAAAAGCUUCCGUCUGCGAGACAAUCUGAAAGCACACUUGAGGUUUCACACAGGAGAAAAGCCUUUCAGCUGCGCUACGUGUGGGAAGAUGUUCAGGAUCAUGAGAAACCUGGAGAAACACAGACUGAACCAGUGUGGAGUCUUUGUCCCUUCAUUUAGGAUGAUUGCUGGCUUGUAGGUGUAGGAAAACAGCCAUCAGUGGCUGGUUGUGUUGGUUCCACCAUUUUCUACCUCAGACUGAAAACACUGACUUGCUUUUGGAGACAAAGCUAUGAGAGAAAUAGACUGAGAUUAAUUCCAGCAAAAGUGCCAUUUCAGAAAGGUUUAUGUUUAAAAGGAAAUAAUCAAAGUUGCAGUUUGAUGGCAGAAGUUUUUUUUUUUUUUUUAGAAAUGUAUACUACUGAUGUUUUUGUCUUAUUUUUCUUUUGUUUCUUGUUUCUUACUGUACUUCUUGUGCUUGUGGACCAAUAGGGAGACUAGUAUGUAAAGGUUUUACUCGGCAACUUCCUUCUGAGAAGGUGUCAUUCUAAAAAGCGUCACACCUUUUGGGAAAUGCAUGAUCAGUCUUUAAGGAAUUCCCCCUCCUUGUGCAGAUAACCAGUCAUACUAUGUACGUGCCGAAAUUCUCUAUUGCUGUUAGGUGAUAGAUGUGUCCCGUAAAUGAUUCUGAUUCUGAAUGCAUCAUUAAAAUUAUAUGGCCCUGAUGAAUGACAUAUCUGCUGUUCUUUUGUUGUUUGCUUGGGCAAAAUACAAAAUCAUCACCUGGCAGCGUUUCCUGUGUCAAAGUUACAUAUGAAGUUCUCUCACUUAUGUCUGUUUUUGAUGUCUGUAUUCUUUAUAUGUUUUGUUUUGUAAACUUUUCACUCAUGUCUCUCCUGAACAAGUGUUUGGCUUUGUGUUCAUAUUAUGGUUAUUGAAUGUAUGUAGACUUCUUUCCUCCCAUAAUCUAGUAGCCAUCCUGACUUUAUCAUCAGUCUGGUUUCAACGUUAAAACACUUUGGAAUAAUAAUUAUACUAUAGUAAGCAGACAUAUGGUCAAACAAAUGUUAUCCUAUGUUCUCUUUUUAGAUACUUAAAAAACUUUUAUAUUCCUUGAUGCAUACUUUACAUUGACAAAUGUCUGUUUUCCUCUUUUUAAACUUAUAAUACUAGAAAACAUUUUUCUUGUGGAUUUGUUGUGUUCAGGGUGUGAACCCUAAACACUAUGUUUAGUAUGGAGGAAGGGUCCUGCUUUCUAAUAAAGUAUCCU